AUGGUCCCACGAAGUUAUCGGUAUUCUUCUUCGCCGCCGAAGGAUGCCGUGAUUGUUGACGAGAAGAGUGGUGGGAGGAGAAGUCAUAGGAAGCCCGCACAGCCGAGGGAACCAGAAACAUCAAAGUCAAGAGCUACGCCAACGACACCGAUCGCAGCCGAGCCAGCACAUGUUGCUUCGCGACCAGUAGCAGUGCCACAGUCGCGACUAGAUCGUAUCCAGGGCAGCAUGCCUAAAACACUGGCCAGCCAUGGUCAACACAUUUCGACUCGAAGCCGAAGACGAGCACCGCAGGGUCAUGACCCGAAUGCACUACCACCAGCGGUAGCCGCUCUGCUAGCGAUGACCGCGAUCCCGCCUAGACGACCAACCCAGUCGCGUAAGCAGUCACGCGAGCAGCGUCGCGUGUCCAUCGAUGAGCUGGUCCAUGAUUGGAAGAACGAUGACAAGCUCAAAGCAAGCUACAGUAGUAGCCCAGCAUUGAGUGUGUUAUUAGAAGAUGUCAGCGAUGGUGAAGAUACAGUCGCUGCAUCACAGGACAGCUGUGUGGACGACGGGUACUUGUGUAACAGGUCGGCGUCCAGCGAAAGUGUACCAUCCUUGGAUUUGGACGAUCGAUCAGUUUUAUCGCUGAGCAGUCCACGGACACCAGCAUCGUUGCGUAGCCGGAGGUCAUUGACGAACCUGAAAAGAGACAAACCUCGUCCGAGUUUGUCGCGGGAAGAAACGGUUUCCAUCCAUCCACUGGCAUCGCCAGCUCCGCAAGCAGAAAGCGAUGAAGAGGACAUCGUGUCUUCAAAUGCUGGCAGCCGGCCUUCGACUCCGAAAUCGAGAUCAUCUUUCACCUCCAACCUGACAACAUCUUUGCGGGCGCUGAAGAAUGUGACCUUGAGCUCGAUUGCGUCCUUCAGUCUUAACAGCGCAACAGCAGCAUCGCAACGGUCACAGCCUUCACGCUUCACAGACGUCAUGCUUUGGUCGCACCCCUACCUGUUCCCGAGGCUGAGCUCCGAGAUCAGGCCCGCCAUCCAAGGCACUGCCACAGAGGCUCAGCGACGCUACCACAAUCCGCUUCCGCUCAGUUUCGAGGAACUCGAAGCUCCGUUCCAGCUUGCUUUACACGCUCCGUACCUGCGAGAAGAAGUCGCCGAGAUGCCGACAAUCCAGAUGCAAACGUAUGGUGGUAAACCUGGUAAACGGAAAGGCCUAAGCAACCAGAAGCGAGCCGCUAGUCCCGAUCCGAAUUCCGAGGCUGGAAGAGCUUUGCAGAGCGCCAGUGGUACACGGCAGCGUGAGCCUCGUGAGAAUAGCGAUUUCUUGCGCGUCGUGGUCCUGGAGAUGAAUAUGAGGAGAGAGGGAAAGCUGGAGACCGGACGAGCGAGGAUAUGGUUGCCACCAAGGCAGGUGAGCACGCCAUCUGCAGCUGUGAGCACGGUACCAGAGCGAUGGGUUGGCUUGAACGCUUAUCCUUGA